UUCCAAUUAUGAUAAUUAUAGGGCACAAUUUAAGCAAAUAUGUAUUUUUGCUAAAUUCGCAACAGGCUUUGUAAUCAUGUGAUAUAAUAUCAACCAUAGAUAUUUGAAACAAUGUCGUUAAUAGAAUCAAAGUUCAGGGAUGUGAAUUAGUGGAAAAGAAUUGAGGUGAACAUAGUAAUAAUACUGAUGAUGGUAAUAAGGGUAAACUCACUCGUGUUUAUAUGACCAAGUUCCCCCUUAAUUUGCUUCCCAAUUGCUCCUUAGCUCUCAUCUCCUCCUCAUACCAUUUCUUCCAUAUCAUACUUGGAUGCACAAUUCGUCGUUUCUCACUUGGGUUUCACUCGAGGUCCUGGCACAUGAUGUCACCCAAUGGUCUCCUCCUCGUGUAUACGAUCCAUCUCCAUGUCCUUCGGAAUAUUUGCUAAGCAAUGGGUUCUUGGCUGGUUCGUUCCCAGACAUCCUUUUUUUCCAACCCUUUCUGACCACCGUUCAUAAAAAUCUGAAGCCUAUUGAAAAUGCUUUUCAUGACACGUCGUUUCCCACACAUAUAGAAGAAUUGACUAAACAUUUGUGUUGGAAAUGCCAAUUUUGCAUUUCAUGCUGAGUACUGAUUUCAGGGUGAUGAAGGUCUGUUUUACUUUUACGAUUCUUCUUUUGACACGCUCACCCGUGCUGCCCUUUGUCGAAACUACGCAUCCAGGCUGGAUAGAUGAAGGAAGUGACCGCUUUCAUAUUUCUCCUGUUGAUAGUGUUAAUGCUUGCUGUCACUAAAAGCCCUAUCUUUUCUACUUCUUCUGCCAACUUGUUGGUUUCCGCCUCUAAGUCUUCGAGUUUGUGACAUUAGACAUAUGUCGUCCGUGAUGUCCGAAUCUUGUAGUCUUAUUGUUUGCCAAACGUACUUCUGUUGCCUUGCCUCCAUAGUCUGUCACACGAUUCAGUCUACUACAAUCGGAAAUGAGAUCGGUAGUAGUUUGCAGUCUUGUGUUAGACCUGAAGAAAGCAUGAGAGCUAAGGAGCAAUCGGGAAGCAAACUAAGGGGGAACUUGGUCAUAUAAACACGAGUGAGUUUAUCCUUAUUACCAUCAUCAGUAUUAUUACUAUGUUCACCUCAAUUCUUUUCCACUAAUUCACAUCCCUGAACUUUGAUUCUAUUAACGACAUUGUUUCAAAUAUCUAUGGUUGAUAUUAUAUCACAUGAUUACAAAGCCUGUUGCGAAUUUAGCAAAAAUACAUAUUUGCUUAAAUUGUGCCCUAUAAUUAUCAUAAUUGGAAUAUUUAAAUUUAUGAUCUGUCGUCCUUAUAUGCUAUUUACGGAAAUCUUUUCGACAGCCAUUUCCACGAAUUAAGAGAUAUGGUGGAAUGUUGUUUCCUUAACACCUCCACUAUGUCCCUUCAGAAGUAUUUAAUGAACAUGCAAGGAUACUGACCGAGCUAUCUGCGACAUACAAGCUGCUGCUCUCAUCUAGGGUAAAUUUAUUAUCAUCAAGUGAUUCGUUACAAAUACGGUUUCCUGUUGCUUCAUUUUGAUGCGUCUUCUAAAGAUCAAAAUAGAAAAGACAACUUCGCAAUUCAUCCUCUUUCUUUUUAACACAUAUGCGUUUUGGAAAUGGGAUUGUUUGUAUUGCACAAUGCGAAGAGAUCUAUGCGUAACUUGCUCAACUGCAUUUUGAAGCCCAGUCUUGGUGUACGUUACAUUUUACACGGCAUCACCAAAAAAGGAGAGCUUAAGAGUUUCAUUUCCUAUAAAACAUUGGGAAGUAAGGCGGAUAUGAGUCAAUUUAUGGUCAGACGUAAUCAAGGCGAAGUUGAUUAGUAACUGUGCAGAAUUGGAUAUGGCCGUAGAUGCUGCUAAGCAGAAUAAUCCGAAUGACUUGGAAGACAAAUUAAUGCAACAGAUGAGCCGAGAGGUAGAUGACAGUCACUAUAAACAUAAGACAAUUAAUUCUGAGAAAAUGUCACUGGUGUGUCUCCUUUUAAUAAUGUUUAAAUGACAUGAGUAUUUGUAGAAGAAAGUUGUGCAUAGAUGUUAAUAGUAGCCUCAUUUUAUUUCUCCUUCACAGAAUUCCAAAUUCCCUGUAAGCGGCGUCGUUUUUUUUGCUAAGAUAAUGCGUCACCAUAUGUUGUUUACGAGGUUGGUUCCCGCGUAUAUAUCCAUAUCAUUGAGAAAAUUCCUGGCAUAUAUAGGUCUGACCUCUUGUUAUCUUGAGUUUAUAGACAUAUUGAACGGGUCUUAUGAUCUGUUCCGAGUGUUAAACGCUUACAUGAGUAAGUAUGUGGUGGUUGCUUACGAAUAAGCUAUAAGGGGGGCGGAGAUUUCCUACGCAGAUAAGAUGUAGUUAUUUUCUGUUUCACUGAAUGUACAGCUACCAUAUUGCAUUCUAUGUUUGUUUCUAUGAGACUCAACUUAUGAGAAAACGCUGUCAUCAUUCACAUAGCAGACAUUGUAGUGAGAACAUAAUUGAUUGAACUCAUUAAGCAUAGUAACAUUUGCGAGGCUUAUAAACUACCUAUACAAUUUUCGUAGUGUUAUAUUAUGCAGGUGUACAGUUUGUGAGGUAUUCACUUGUGAUGCGAAUAGUUUAGAUAGGCGGUGUAUUCGCCAAUUAUUCACAUACAUACCCCAUUACGAUAGUUUUGUGGUAGAUUUCUUUGACCGUAACUGGUUAGUGGGAUGAUAUCCGUGAUUAUUUUGUAACAUGCAUUCAAGAUAAGAGAGACAGAGAGAUAUUUAUGUUAUAAUACUGAUAAUCAAGAAGUAUCUUGUAAUGUAAUUGUAUGACAUAGCAGAAAUAGUGGGCAUCAAAUGUAAGAUGAUGGUGCAGGACUGGACUACACUGACUCCUAGUUUAGAAAUAGGGAAUGAAGUGGCAGAGCACGUUGACCGCUUCACUUAUUUGGGAAGUACCAUCAGCCAGUGCCAACGGGUUGAUCUCUGACGAAACUUCAGCACGGAUACAGAGGGCUAGUUUUGCAUAUGCCAGUUUACGCCGUCUCUGUCUUAGUAGACGUGAUAUCCGGCUGGGUGUCGACCAAAGGGCGGGUGUACUGCUCAUCAGUCCGCUCCGUCCUCCUAUAUGGAUGUGAGACCUGGCCAUUGAGAGUGGAAGACAUGAAAAGAUUAGCUGUCUUCAAUUAUAGGUGCCUGCGUUCUAUCUCCCAUGUGAGGUGGUAUAAUAAAGUGAGCAAUAUUGAGGUUAGGCGUCGAGUUCUAGGUAAGGAGGAGAAAUCAAUCGACGAGGCCGUGAAAUUACAUCAACUGAGGUGAUUAGGACAUGUGUUACGCGUAGAUGCCUUGUCAUCGCCUUCCCCGAAAGUGGACGAUGUUAGCUGAUAUAGGGUCAGGCUGGAAAAGAGCUAGCUGCAGUCAAACCAAAAUAUGGCUUCACCAGUCAAUGAAAUCCACAACAGUUAGUUUGAUCCAGCCACGUAGGGAGGUGUAGACUUCCUGGUUGGGGUCCUCGGGACGGUAAAAAUCAAUGGUUGGAAACAAUUGGUGAUAUAGCUCAAAAUCGUUCUCAAUGGCCAGUGCAGAUGCAUCCACUCCUUGUGACUUAUAAUACCCAAUGAAACUAUAUUGUUCUUCGUUAUUACUAUUCCUUUGUCUCACACCUCUGUUUACUGUCUCUUUUAUGCAUUUCUUCUACUUUCUUCUCUUGGUUUGUGUGGUACAGGGGGGGAGUGUGGCGACAUGAACUGCCGCACAUCGGUACAAAGUUCUAUGUCAAAAACAGACAGAUAAACAGUGGGCAUCUAUCGGGAAAAAAGUAGAAUCUGAUGAGGGGUUUGUCUGAUUAACGGGUAGUGUUUAUUUUGUUUAAUGUGAAUUUUGAUUGUAGUCAGUAGGCUACAUGAGACGAUGAUUAAUAAUAGGGGGGGGGGUAACGGUAUUUUCAGCACCAAUUGUUAACCUCAUGAUCACGACUCCUAUCACGAUUACUACAACUCAUUUUCAUCGCAUGAUUGUUAUUGUUUUAUUCAUCUAAUACUUAGAAUUCUUUAAUUGUGCAUUCCUUUCAAACUCACGUUAAGUAAGUAAAUACAUAAUAAUAAAGUUAGGCGUAGGGUUUCUGGUGAAGAGGAAAGGUCAGUUGAUGGAGUUGUGAAGUUACAUCGAUACUUUGAGAACCAUGAAGUAUUAUAUUUCGUCCUAGCUUGAGACUUCCGACGAGUACUUAUAACUUGAUAUGAAUCCACAUAUAUAUAUAUAUAUAUAUAUAUAUAUAUGUAUGGUGAUCUCUUUUUCUGUUUGCUCGCUUAGUCUGUGACCAUUUCAUUUUGAUGAACCUGUCUCCUUUAACAAUGUAUAUUCUCCUUAUAUUAUAUAUAAUAUAAUGUGUUUGUUGACAGUCCGUUGCUUGAUGACAUAUAUCCAUAUAUGGUGGUUGUUGACAUGUCUGCUAUAUUUUGCUAUGUAUAUUAGGAUCGACACUCCAUUAUAAUUAGCCAUUCAUGUUAAGACUGUCUAGUGAUUUGUUCACACCCUUUGUCUGGGUAUUCAUAUAUAUUCAUAUAUAUGCUUCCAAAGCCUCAGGAUGGUCGGGGGUGGGUGCCUUGCGCUGCGAGUUGGCCACCCCUCCGCACACCUCUUGAAAUGCUCCCAUAUGACCGGGCGUCUUACAUAGCCUCUCCUGAGGAAGUCCUACUCACUGCCUUCACGUGGCGGAGGUGUUUCUCACCAAAGUGAGAGGGCGAAAGCGGAUGCCCGGCGCUCUCCACCGGGUUGACUGUCCAUUGGAUGACGGUCUAGGGGAGAUGGCUAAACCCUGAUUCCAAACCUCCAACGACUGGCGUAUGAAGCUCACUGGAGCUCACCGGCAGACGUAUGGACAAAGGGCUUGUUGGAUGUCCUGGAUGUCUGGCCCCAUUCAAAAAGGCGUAUGAACCGAACUCCGGUCACCGGCUCCCAAUGGAUAGUGGACUCCUUACUCCACUCCUACUGCCUUGUAGGUCACACUUGGCUGUGUAAAGGCUAGAGCUGAACUCUCAAACAAAAGGCCGAGCGAUGCUGGGGACAUCACUCGUACCAAAUUCCCAUGAAACUUCAUGAACUCUCUUACAAAUUGCCGCGCCUCGGCAGCGAUGAUUCGAGACGUUCAUGAAGCCGGCUCAUCCUCCCGUAGGAGAUAGCCGAAGUAAAGUAAAAGUAAGCAUAUAUAUUUCGCUCUCACAAGUUGUGUGACUUACUUACUCUACUUACUUUGAUGUGAUACCACUUAUUGCAUUCUCCUUGUGUUUGGAAAAUAGAAGUAUCAUCGCAAACCUAGUGGUCUUCUGAUUUCCGCCUUCUUGCGUCAGGACUAUUAAAUUCUCGACCAGUACAUAGCAAUAAUUUAGCGACGAGUACAUAACAUAACUCCAUUGUGGAUUGAACCCAGGAGAUGAGGGUUGGCGGAAGGCAACCGCCGUGAAUAUACAGCCAUUGGGUUGUAAGAAGGUGGGAAUUCCAAUGGCUGGUAAAUUCUAACUUCUACCAAUUCUCAUCGUACAUAAAUACAAACCACGGUAACGAAUAUAAAAGGUGGCAUUGUGUAAAUACCUAUCUGAAUAUAUAUCAUUAUUUUAUAAGUUUUGAACCGAUUAUUCCAAAAUAUAAUGUAACAACAGAAGACAAGGGCCGGCAACAGAUCGUUUUAUUACGUAAAUCAACACGUAUUUAUAUAUAUUUCCUGUACAUUUUUAUAACUUAUUCAAGUAGACAAACGCAGUCUUCUGAUUGGUUGUUUCUCGGAAGUUAAGUAGACAAACGCAGGCUUCUGCCUGGUUGUUUCGGGUAACCUCGGAAAAUGGAGCCAUCUAUCUGCGAAUCAUAUUUGCCCACGUUAAGUCUGCUGUGAUUGGUUGUUGAAUCAGUCUUGUUCAUAUUUUCUCACGGCCAAUAUUAGUGACCUAGACAUUGACGUAAAUUAAUGUCUACCGAUUGGCUAGCAGCCUGCUCUCACCACAAUAUCACAUACUACUCACUGCCAUUUGUGCAUAUUUUUUAAUGCGUUUAUCCAAAUUGUGUUUUUUCUUCCUUUUGUUUCAGAUAUCACCUGUGACUGUUAAUCGAAAUUAUUGUAACUUUACUGCCUAUCGGCUAAUCAGUUGUGUUAAAUAGUAAAAAUAAUAAUACUAGUAAUAGCAAUGAUGAGAUCAGCUUGUUCAACGUCUUCGUCGUCUUUUUCUUGUCCUCUAAUUAUUUUAUUUCUUCUAUUAUCUGGUAUUAUUUGUUAUUUAUACACCGGUUAUAUGCAUGAUUUUAUUUCUUCAAUACACUUUUAUUCUGCAAUCUGUUCCCUACCGCUUACAGUAUUAUUAUCAUUGAUUUUAAAGCGUCUACUAUCAUUUACUAAAUAUUCAAUAAAUCUUAAACUUUUAUGUUCACCAUCAUCAUUGUUAUUUUUACUAUCUGGUGUUCUGUUGAAUACACUUUUAAUCAAUCAACACAAUAUAUCGAAUAAAAAUUUACAAGCAGAAUCAACUACAAAAAUAAGUAUGAUUAUGGGAGAUUUGUUAACACUAACCAGUGGAAUAUUAUGCCCAGUAUUGAUGUAUUUAAUGCAUAAUAAUUUUAAACAUUUUAAUGAAGGAAUUUUAUUGUGGUUUGGAUUUUUAGUUGGUUCAUUCUUUCAUAUCAGUAAUAAUAAUGUUAAUGCACAAUCAUCAUCCUCAUUAAGCUCAUCAUGCUUAACAUUAAUAUUGUUCAAUAUCUCAAUAGUUAUUCAUUUUGUUUUACUGAAUGAACAACGUUACAUGCUUAUUUGUUUAAGUAUAGUCUCUUUAGUUGGCCUUUUGUGUUAUUCUAUUUUUAAUUAUUUACCAGAUAAUGGUAACAGUGAGACACUUAUAUCAAGAAUACAUUCAAAUACAAUUGCAUUUUACAUUUUAAUUCAUGGAUUUAUAUUGUUUACUUAUAUACUUAUUUGUGCAUCCUAUUUUAUUACUUGUCCAUUAUUUAAAAGAUUUAAAUUUACUUAUCAUUUAUACAAGAAUAUAUCUGUACGAUUGUAUUUAUGUUUAUCUUGUGUUUAUAUUACCAUUCAAUUGGUUUUUAUUUUAACUUUAAUGAAUUCAUUGACAUGGGAUAAAUUUUCAACAAGUUUAUUCUAUGGUAUCUUUAUAUGUUUAUGGAUUAUUCAACAUUCUAUUUGUUGCUUAUGUCUUUUACGGCUAGGCAGAAUAAUUCAGCGUAGUGAUUGUGCAACGCAUAGCUUACCAUUCCAACAUAACGGACAAAACCGUGUAUGGGCAUCACUUGGUGCCCGCUACGUGGCUUUAAUAUCACAAUACAAUAUGUUCUUUUCAAUUUUGAUAACUAUCCUUUUUAUUAUUAUCUUCAUCAGUGCUCAAUAUCUAAGUGGUUCAUUUAAACCAGUUAAAUCAGAAUUUGUACCUUUAUUAUUACAGUUAUCAUUUUUAAUGGAUUGUUACCUUGUCAGCAUAUUUUAUCAUCUUAGUAAAACAACAGGCCCAAAUGCUAUUGGUUAUGCUUUAUGUCACCAAUUUUCAACGUUCCAGAAUAGUAAUCAUCCAUCAUCUCGAGAAACACCAAUCAAAUCAUCAACAAAUUCAAUAACAAGUCAGCUGUUAUCUGACAAAGCACCUUUUAUGAAGUCAAUGCUAUUGAUUGAGAAAUUUUUCACUUAUUAUUCAAUACAAAAAUAUGGUUGUGUUUAUACAUCAUCAGGUCAGGUGAACAAAGUCGACAAUAUCACAAAUACUGCUGCUGUUGAUAAUGAUCAUGAUAAUCUACUACCACUUCCAUUGUCUGAACAGUAUCUUCGAGGGAUUGGUAAAUUUUUUCGUGAAUGCUUAUCUGACAGUGAUAUUCGAUAUGACACCUAUGUACUAUACUACAUUGGACCAGAUAAUAAUAAAGGUGAUUGGAUAUUUGAAGAUGAAAGUGUAAUUACUUUAAAGAAUCUUAUUGACUUAUGGGAAUUAGCAUGUCUAUCGAAAUCGUUCAAAAACUUAUCGAGAAGUAUGCGUCUUUUAAUCUUAUUGGAUACUUUACAUUCUGAAGAAUGGUGUAAAUCAUUGACUAAAUGGAAUACACAAUGUUGUAUAGCAAUACAAUCAGCUAUACCAGUGUUCAGUAGUAAUAGUAAUAAUAAUAAUACUGCUGAUCAAAAUCAUAAUUCAUUCAUUGGUAUGUUCACGGAAUUCUGGAUAGAAGAAAAUAUUUCAAGGAUUAGUUAUCCUAGUCAAGUAUCCUCUGUUGAAGAACUUCGUGGAAAACUUAUGAAUUUAUCACAACCAAUAAAAUUUAUUUACUCAACAACAAAUAGUUGGUUCAACUUUCAACUUCGUGUACCGUCAAUCGAGGAGAUAAAUAAGUAUUUGAAGUUUGUAUUCCCGAAACCGUUACAAAAGUUGUACUAUACAUUUUUAUCAAUAUUUCAGAUCAAUAAGAUCGAUAACAAGAAUACUACUACUACUACUACUAGUAAUAAUAAUAAUAAUAAUAACGUAUGCAACAAUAGAGAUGCAGAAGAAAAAGACGAGGGAGAGGAAAUGACUAUCUCACAGAAGUUAUUAUUAUUAUUAUCAUACAUCAAAUACAUUUUCUAUCCAUUAAAUAUAUUGAUGAGAUUCACGUAUACUAAAGUCACCGAUCAAUAUAGACAAAUGUAUUUUGCCUAUUUUUCAUCUGAUUUAUUAGAAAUUGGUCAUAGAUUUAUUUUAAUGCGUACAUGAAUUUUGUUAUAUUUUUGUCUGUUUGUUUUUCUUUCAAAAGAACUGCUUCACCAUUGAACAUCAACAUUGAAAUAAUAAUAAUAACCCGCUUGAUUCAAUUUGUGCUGUGCUGUGCUGUGCGCUACAACAUACAACACGCUUACUUACUAUUCGUAAUUAUUUUCAUUUCAUUUUUCAUAAAAGUAAAUUGAACUCAUCUGUAUUUUUUGUUUUGAAAAUUGAUUUUAUUUUUUUCCAUUUGAUUGUUAUUUUUUUUUAUAUUCUCAUUUCAUCUCAUAUUUUACUUAUCAGACGCAUAUCAUUGAGAAACAAAUAUUGAGAAUGAAACACAUGAUAGUUU